GAAAAAAUGAGCUUUGACGCGCCCGCUCAACUGGCAAGCAAUCAUGUUUCCGUUUACAUACACUUUCCUCUUUUUAUCUCAUUGGCUGCCUACAUUUCCAUAAACUCCCUCUCAAUUCCUCUCGCUCUUCUCUUCUUCAAAAUCACAAUCUCCUUCGUAAUCACGUUUCAAUAAUAAUCAUUAAUCACAAUCACUUAAUUUCAUAAUCACAAUUUCCACUAAUAGUCAACGUCACACACGUUAUCCUUGUUCCUACUUACUUUCACAUCACUUUAAUCGCUUUUCCUGCAAUUCAAUUUCAGUUACUACAUUGAUUGAUUGCGUUUCUAGCUGAAUGCAACAAUGGCAUCACGCAAUUCUGAAUUCUUGAAGAACUUUUGGAUCCCGAAUCACGUUCUCGUGCCGGGUUCUAAGGUUGAUCAUGGUGAGAUUGAUGGUGAUGGACCAAAGUGUCCGGUGCUUGUUUUUGUUAACUCUAAGAGUGGUGGUCAGUUAGGUGGAGAACUCUUGAAAACCUACCGUUCACUUCUCAAAGAAAAACAGGUUUUUGAUUUGGGAGAAGAGACUCCUGAUAAGGUUUUGAGUAGAAUUUAUGCUAAUUUGGAAAACUUGAAGGUUCAGGGUGAUCAACUUGCUAUAUGGACUAUGGAGAGAUUGAGAUUAAUUGUUGCAGGGGGUGAUGGAACAGCUGGCUGGUUGCUUGGAGUUGUUUGUGAUCUCAAAUUAUCUCAUUCGCCUCCCAUAGCCACGGUUCCCUUGGGCACCGGGAAUAAUCUACCAUUUGCAUUUGGUUGGGGGAAGAAGAACCCGGGAACAGAUGAACAAUCUGUUUUGUCAUUCCUUGAUAAAGUAAUGAAGGCUAAGGAAAUGAAAAUUGAUAACUGGCACCUUCUUAUGCGGAUGAAGACUCCGAAACACGGUGCCUGUGAUCCUAUUGCUCCUCUUGAGUUACCUCAUUCUCUUCAUGCCUUCCAUCGAGUAUCUGAGGCAGAUGAACUUAAUAUAGAAGGUUGCCAUACAUUUCGUGGGGGAUUUUGGAAUUACUUCAGCAUGGGAAUGGAUGCUCAAGUGUCCUAUGCAUUUCAUUCUGAACGUAAAUUGCACCCUGAAAAAUUCAAAAAUCAGUUGGUUAAUCAGAGCACUUAUGCUAAGCUUGGAUGCACACAAGGAUGGUUUUUAGCUUCACUAACUCAUCCUCCGAAAAGGAACAUAGCACAUAUGGGAAAAGUCAAAGUCAUGAAAACACCUGGUCAUUGGGAAGAUCUAGAAAUACCUUCCAGCAUCCGAUCAAUUGUAUGCCUUAACUUGCCUAGCUUUUCUGGUGGAUUUAAUCCAUGGGGUACACCAAACAGCAGGAAGCAGCGUGAUAGAGCUUUUACACCUCCAUUUGUAGAUGAUGGUCUUAUUGAAGUUGUUGGAUUUAGAGAUGCGUGGCAUGGGCUUGUUUUACUUGCUCCAAAUGGACAUGGAACUCGCCUUGCUCAGGCAAAAAGAAUCCGCUUUGAGUUUCACAAAGGUGCAGCAGAUCAUACAUACAUGAGGAUUGAUGGGGAACCAUGGAAGCAACCUCUCCCAGUUGAUGAUGAUACUGUUUUGGUAGAGAUUUCUCACCAUGGCCAGGUUAACAUGCUUGCUACUCAUGAGUCCAAGUCUAAAAGUGUGUGUGAUCCAUCAUCACCUCAUCAUAAUGAUGCUGAAGAAGAUGAUAAUGAAGAAGACAGUUUAGCAGAUGAAUUUCGAAAAUUUGGUGCAGCAGAUACUUUCAAAAUCCCUGAUGAGGUAGAUAUUGCUCAUCUUAGUUAGGCUUCUCCCUAUUACACCAUUCUUUAAUAUUAUGUGGUUGACAUUGCCUACUUAAUUGUUUAGACAUUAUAUGUAUUUAUGGUAGGCUCCAUCAAUUGUAUCACCUGUUUGAUCAAUUCUAGCAGCGCAUGUCUGUAAACAUGGUCAUUGUAAUUUAGAAUUGAGAUGCUGUAAUUGAUCCGUUCUGAACCUUCUUGCAGUUUAAAUAAAUAUUCAAAGUAACUUCUGUCCUUUGAA